GGUUGGGGACACCCAUUGGCUCUUCCAAGUUGAGCCACCUCUUCAAAAUGCUUGAUCUAUGCUUUUAAAAUGAUCAAAACUUCAUUUGUAACGAUCCAAAUAGACACAACUAUAUAUUUCAACUAACUGAAUACUCAUUUUACAUAAUGAUAUAUACAUGAGUGCAUUUUAAGAACUUAUCGUGGGAUGUCCAUAAAGUUUUUUAUUAUUUGAACAUGUUUAAUUUAAAAUAUACACAAUUUUUUUAUUUUAUAUAUUUACAAUAUAACACAAUAUAAAACUCCACAUCUUUAUUGUCGUUCCUCAAGCAAGUGGUGAGUCGGAAAUGAGUCAAACAAACCCGUAUUAAGGUAGAAGAUGAAUGAGAUUUUGUUAUUUCCUUCAACUUUUUUUCUUCUCUUCCAAAAGCUUCAAGCUCUCUGAAGAGAAAGUAAGUGCAGGAAGAAAAAGGCUAAAUCAUGCUACUUCCACUCCAAAAGCAAGCCCACCCACACGCUAAAGCAAAACCCAAGCCCACUAAAAUAGACCGUUGCGGUCCCAGGUAACGGUUUUCUUUUUCCCAUCCUCUCUCUCCCUCUCUUCCCGGAUACAAAAAAGCUACUAUCUUUUUCUCUGGUUUCUGUGUGGAAGAAGAAUCAGAAUCUCCCCGACAGAAGCAGCAGCAAGCACAGUCACAAAAUCCAAACCCUAACUCAAUCCAUUUCCUCAAUGCGUGUCACACUCUUCCAAGAAUCUCUUCCCCUCCCUUCUAUAAACUCCUUUCCACGUCUCCUCUCACUCUAACACCUCCGCCAUGUCUCACCACCAAACCACCCUCAUGCUGCCCAAUCCCACCACCCCUACCCGCUCCUCCUCUGCCUCCUCCUCCCCUCUCCCACUCAUCCACGCCAUCUUCGCCAGAAAAAACCUCUUCUACCACCGCCUUCCCUCCCUACCCCUCCGACUCUCCGUCCUCAAGCUCGAUGGCUCCUCCUUCCAUAUUCAGGUUCCCAAGACCGCCACUAUUGCCGAACUCAAAGACGCAGUCGAGGCUGUCUUCGCUCACGCACCUCUCAAGGGUCCCGCCAAAAUUUCAUGGGCGCAUGUUUGGGGACAAUUUUGCUUAUGCUAUGAUGGACAGAAGCUAGUUACCGAGGAUGAUUAUCUUCGAAACUAUGGCAUCAAGGAUGGUGACGAGCUUCGUUUCAUCCGCCAUGUUUCAAACAAUUGCUGUGUCCAAAGAAAGCGGUUGAAGAAAAGAAUUGUCUAUUUGAAACCGCAGAGGAGGUGCAGGUCUUCUCCAGUGGAUAGCUAUCAAGACAAAAGAAAGAGUGAUAGUGAUGAGAUUGGUUCUGACGAUGAAGCCACGGAUAAUGAGAAAUAUGACACUGAAGAAGUAGAAGAAGAGCGUGUUGUAAAGAACAAAUUUGCUGGCUUUAUGGGAGAGUUGUUCUCUUACACUCCACUGGCAGUUGUAAGACGAACUACAACUAAAAGCAGGAUUUGGCCAUCAACUAUUCCCAGAUGUUUGGUGGGUAGUUUUAGAAAAAUUAGAAGUAUUGUAUGCUUUGGCAGGAGAAGGCCCUAUUCUCGGAGACUUACAUGGAGACAUAUGGGUUAAUAUUUGGAAGAAAUCUGUCCAGAAUAAUGACACUAGCCAAGCCAGACGAAAACUGAGAUAUAAAAAUUUUGGUUCCUAUGGAAAUUAUGUGCGUCUGAAAUUGUAUUGCCGGCAUUGACCAAGAGAUGGCAGCUAGAUGUUGAUCUUGCAUAUUUUCAGUUACUUGUGAAGGUUAGAAACAUCAAUUACUAGAUGGGUUAAUUUGAUCCUUAAAUAUAGAUAGGACCAUGCAUCCUUCCUCUCUUGGAUGGUAAUUAAAUUUAGACCCAGUGAAUAUAUGCCAUCAGUACUCAUGAUGUGAAGAGGAGAUAGUAUUUGAAUUUAAUCAGCAGCUUUUGUUUUUU